AUGGGAUGGCAAAGGAGUUCAUCGUCGGGCCUACACACCACUUCAUCUGCAGCGCGCGUACGGAGUCGAGGCGAGUCCGAUGUCGAGAAGGAAGGCUUCGUCCGAUCACGAAGCAGCGACGACGAAGAUAACCGCGCCAUCUUUGACGAAGACGACGAAGAACAAGACCAGGACCCGUCGGCCGCAUCCUCACGCAACACCUCGUCCUCCCACAGACCCAUGCUGGUCAACAACGCCUAUACCUCCAAUAGAUCCUCUUCGCCCUCAUAUCUCGGGAGAAUGCCGCGCUCCAUAAUGCGCUGGCUGUGUCUGGGCGUGGCCGCCACUCUGCUCAUAUUCAUCUUCUCGCUUGUCCGAUUAAGUUGGAACGCAGACAAAGAGGUCAAAGUCGCCAUUGAACAGGCCAAAGUGGCCCCCAAGCCUCCGCCGUGGGAGAAUUUUCCUUUCCUCCAGAGAUAUUAUGGCGGAAUCCGCUCGUUGGUGCCGGCCAAGUCCAAUGAUCCCGAAUACCCCCGAAAUGACGACGAGGUGCCCAUCGAAAGCAUCAACAUAGCAGAAGAAGUGAAAGAAGAGGAGGAAGAGAAGAAGGAGCAGGAAAAAGAAAACACACGCACCAAACGGGACAUUCAAGCCAGCAUCAAAUUCGACCCGUACCCAAACUACACAUCCUCGGAAUACGUUGCAAAAUACGGCCAGAAGGUGGAUUGCUAUUUGGAUGAGAAGAAUACCGUCUCCGUCCCGAGAGUUCGGGUCUAUGAAGGCAUUCCGAGAGGAUUCCCAGAUAAUGUCAUGGGCUCUGCCGAAAUGCUGGGCUUAAGAACAGACAUCUGCUACGAUCGAUUCGGUCGGCUCGGGCCGUAUGGGCUGGGCUACAGCAUCAAUCGGGGAGGGAGUGGCGCGCAACAAGAAGGCGAAAGAGAAGGGGCCGAUCUGGUCUGGGAGGAGAGUCCGGAAGUGGACUGGAGAAAGGUGCAAUGGGCCGACAUUCAACAACGAUGUGUCGCUGCCAACCAACAUCGUUUCAAAGAGCUGCCCGAGCCGCGAAUCGAAAAGUUCCGCGCCAUGCAAGUUGGCCGGAUGACCAAAAGGGACAACGACGACGAGCCCGAGUUCGCGGCCAUGCCGAACAAGGCGCCCGAAACCGCAAAGGGAAGUGAAAAGCCCAAAGUCGGUUCCGAGAAGCUACCUCGGACAGCGGUGGUGAUCCGGACUUGGUGGGACUAUCCGUACACGGUAGAAGACAAGAUUUACCUGCGAUCUCUCAUGUCCGAAUUGACCAUGUUGAGCGGCGGAGAGUACGUGGUGCAUUUCCUCAUCCAAGUGAAGAGCGACGACGUUCCGAUCUGGUCGGACGACGAAACCUACGAGCGCGUCCUACGAGAGUCACUCCCCGAAGAGUUCCGAGGCAUGGGCACGCUCUGGUCCGAACGACAGAUGCUGCUGAUGUACGGCGGGCUGCAGGAGACAUGGGUGCGUGACCUGCCAGUGCACGGCGUGUACCGCAGCACGUUCAUGCCGAUGCAAUACUUUGCCCAUCAGCACCCGGAAUACGACUAUUUCUGGAACUGGGAGAUGGACAUCCGCAGCACGCACCACUGGUACCACUUCUUCGACCGCGUGUCGAAGUGGGCCAAGGCGCAACCGCGCAAACUGCUCUGGGAGCGCAACAGUCGCUUCUACAUCCCUUCAGAACACGGGUCAUGGGAAGACUUCAGCCAGAUGGUACGGAUCCAGACAGACCAAGGCACCAACAGCGCCAACAAUCUCUGGAGCAGUCUCAACGGCGCCGCCCGUAACAAGAACCAGGACUCUUCCUCUUCGUCCGGAAGCGCAUCCGUCACAGGAGGGAUGAAACAACAAGGCGACAGACCGAUCUGGGGUCCCGAACGACCGCUCGACGACGACAUCGUCUUCGAAGGCGACCCGACGCCCCCGACCUCGUUCGACAAAGACAAAUACUCAUGGGGCGUGGGCGAAGACGCGGAUCUGAUCGUGUUCAACCCGCUCUUCGACCCCGAAGGCACGACGUGGCUGCUCCGCGACGACACGACAGGCUACAACAUCACGCGGGGCCGGCCGCCGCGCCGCACGGCCAUCAUCACGGCGUCGCGCCUCAGUCGCCGGCUGCUGGACACCAUGCACCGCGAAACCGCGCUCAAGAAACACACCAUGUUCAGCGAAAUGUGGCCGGCCAGCUGCGCGCUGCAUCACGGCCUCAAGGCCGUCUAUGCCCCGCACCCGGAGUACAUCGAUCGCAAAUGGCCCACGAAUUACCUGCAGGCCGUGUUCAAUGGUGGCCGCAACGGCGCGACCGGCGGCGCCAGGACCAGCGUCUUUGGAGACCGCGAGCAUAAUUUCCGCGGCACCACCUGGUACUACAAUGCCGGCUUCCCCGAGGUCUUGUGGCACCGGUGGCUGGGCAUGAAGAUCCACAAUGAUGGUGGCGAGCAGGCCGAGUUGGCGGGUGAUGGGAGAAUGUGUCUGCCGGGCAUGUUGCUUCAUCCGAUUAAGAGGGUCGAGUUGGUCCAGGAGGGGAGGAGGGCUGAUCAGUCUUGA